ACCCAAAUAAUUAAAAUAUAAAUAAUCUCGUACAAAUAUUUCAGUAUCAGUUGCUAUUAUUGAUAGUUGAAGCAAAAACAGAUCAUGGAAGGGAGAAGAGUUGUUGGUUGGGCAGCCAGAGAUUCAUCCGGCUACCUUUCACCUUAUUCAUUCAAUCUUAGGAAAACAGGUGCAGAAGAUGUAGUGUUGAAGGUGCUCUACUCUGGAGUUGACCACACUGAUCUUCAUCAAGUUAGAGAAGAGCUUAGUCACACUAACUACCCUUUAGUCCCAGGGCAUGAAAUAGUGGGAGAAGUUGUAGAGAUGGGUCAAGAAGUAGGGAAAUUCAAAAUAGGAGAUAUUGUUGGAGUUGGGGGCAUAAUUUGGUCUUGUGGGGAAUGUUUAACUUGCAAAUCUAAGAUGGAGCAGUAUUGUAAUGAAAGAAUUAUGACUUACAAUGCCAUUGACAAAGAUGGAAAAACUAUUCAAGGAGGCUACUCUUCUGCUAUGGUUGUAAAUCAAAGGUUUGUAGUUAGAAUACCUGAAAAGCUUGCACCGGAACAAGCAGCCCCACUACUAUGUGCUGGAGUGACAGCCUAUAGUCCACUGAAAGAGAUCAAUAACUUGAAUAAGGUUCUGAAAGUAGGAAUUUUGGGUUUAGGAGGAGUUGGUCAUCUAGCUGUGCUUAUUGCAAAAGCAAUGGGACACCAUGUUAUAGUUAUAAGCUCUUCCGAUAAGAAGAAACAAGAAGCUUUCGACCAUUUACAUGCCGAUGCAUUUCUUGUGAGCUCCGAUGUAGAUGAGAUGAACAAGACGACGAACACCCUUGACUACAUUCUUGACACUGUACCUGCACCACACUCUUUGAACCCUUAUCUUUCACUUCUCAAAGUUAAUGGAAAGAUCAUUGUCGUUGGGGCGGCUGCUGAACCACUGCACUUCACAGCUAGCGUUGUAAUUACAGGGAAGAAAAAUAUAGGCGGAAGCUUUGUUGGAAGCGUAGAAGAUAUUGAGGAAGUUCUCGAGUUCUGGGCAGAGAAAGGUUUGACAUCAAUGAUUGAAGUAGUGAAGAUGGAUUAUGUUAACGAGGCAUUUGCCAGAAUGGAACGAAAUGAUGUCAGGUAUAGGUUUGUGCUCGAUGUUGCUGGAACCGAUUUUGAAUGAAGCCCAUAUCUAUCCUCCUCCGAGCAGCAUUCCAAUUUCCAAAAUAUAAUAACAGGAAUAGCUACGAUGUGUGAAAAAAUUAUACCUCAUAAAUGUUUCUAGCAAAAUCAUAUUUCUUAAAACCCUAUCAUUGUUCAUCAAGCCAAAUAGUCCAAAGCAAGUUUCUCUUAUUUUCUUCUCCCCUGUUGUGAAUGGUUCAGAAUCACCGAACAGUGAUUCAAUUCAAUUUCAUAAAGAAAUAAAAUUCAUCAUUUCAACCA